AGGUGGAGACUGAUGAUAAGGAUGUUGAUAAGGCCAAGUCCGAACUUUUGGAGGACAGGGUUGAUGGAAUGGAGGAUGCUAUUUAUGGUGAAUCUCUUGUUGCUCGAAGGCACUUAGCAUGCAAUCCAAAGUUAAGGAUGAGGAGCAAAGAGAAAACAUCUUCCAUACACGAUGCUUCGUGUAUGGAAGAUCUUGGGGAUAUCUUUCCAUCUUGGCAUGCCACUCUUUUUGGAAAGUAUUAA